CGUAAUAUAACAUCGUUAUAAUGUUUUAUCGUCCAAUCCAUGUGCGCCUCACGCAGUGCACCCAUUCGUCCCACGGCACAAGCAGUAUCCCCUUUCCAGCAAACCACACAUUCGCCCUCCUUCUCCACUCCCUGCUCCCGCAUCUGCUCCUUCCCCCAUGGCAACCCACGUCGGCCGAGCCCCAACUGCACGGGGGCGGCUGAGCCCCAGCGGCACAUGUGCGGCUGGUCUGCGGCGGCCGAGCCCCAACGGCGCAACGACGGCUGGUCCGGGUCGACCGAGCCCCAACGGCGCGACGGCGGCUGGUCCGGGACGGCCGAGCCCCAACGACGUGGCAAUGGCUGGUCCGGGAGGCAAGGACGCGGGUGUUGGGCGCUGGGUGAGUGGAUAAGUAGGGAUGAGAGGAGAGAGAUGAGGGUUGCAGUGAUUGCAGGGAGAGGAGGAGGAGUGUGGAGGCAGCGGAGGAUUUUUUGGGGGGUGGUCGGUGACCUCCACGCAAACGGAAACAACAACGGCGCUUGAUUUGAUGCGACGCCAUGAAUCGGCCCCCGCUUAUCAAGGAGGUUGCUGGACUGCCUACGUCCGUCCUACAUCGUGCAGUGCCUCCUGCGAGUGCCGCCUCGCACCACCAGCUUCGAGCGUCAUGGAUCAGUCGAGGAUGGAGGGCAGCAAGUGGAGAAACAUGUAGGUUGCACGACAUAGAGGUAGGCUAACUCCUUUUCUCCCCUCUCUCAAUUUCUAAAUUACUAGAUGGAUUCAUAUUGAUCUCAGAUGUUUUAGUGAUUUUAUUCUCUCCUUUCUAUCACAUGAUUCUCUUAUGUCGGUGUGUUUGUAUUCAGAAACAGCGGAACUUUGUAGUAUAUGCAUUGGUUUAUGGUUAAAUAUAAGGGAAAAUGGUUUUGGAUGUAAA